AUGUCUGCUGCCACCGUCGCUCCGUCCAGUCUGACAAACGGUCACGCUGGUACACAAGACCCGAUGCUGCCACCAGCACCAGCACCGGUGUCCCAAAAGAAAGGGAAAGGAAAGAAAGAAAAGAUAGGAGCCGAUGAGACUUCGAAGUUGCUGGCAGCUAAGAUAUCACAAUUGGAGCAAGAUGCGGCUGGGGAAAAGGAUCAGGAGGCGGAGAUAGAACGUGAGGUCAAGAAAGCUACCAGAGAUCUGAACCAAUUACUCAACAACAUCGAAUCACCGCUGACCCGGCUCGAUACCGUGCAGAAGAAGUACACAGAGCUUCUAGCUGAUAUGAAGAAGCUGGAUCGCGACUAUUCCAAGAGCAAAAAGCGGGCAGAUCAGCUACAGAAAGAUCAAGACAAGUCAAAGUCGGAGUACAAUAAGACGGCUACGAUGAAGGACAAGUUAGAGAAACUCUGCCGGGAAUUGACCAAAGAGAACAAGAAAGUCAAGGAUGAGAAUAAACGAUUAGACGACACAGAGAAGAAAGCACGGGGUCUGGUGAAUGAGCGGCUUGGUACCCUGCUUUUCGACGUCCAAGAUAUGAUGAACGCAAAGGGUGGUUCGCAAAGCGAGAAUUUGAAUACAGAACUAGAUGAGCUGUUCAAGAUUCGGUGCAAAGUCCUUGCUGACCAGAUGGAUUUACGAGAGCUACAUUUCAAGUCAAUGCUUCGCCACAAGGACGCCGAGAUAGCAAACCUGGCUGCUAAGCACGAGGUGGAACGCAAAAGAGCAGAUGCAGAAGCCACUCGAUGCCGCACGCUUACGGCCCAGGUCUCUACUUUCUCCCAUACCGAAUCAGAACUUCGUAGCCAACUGAACAUAUACGUGGAGAAAUUCAAACAGGUCGAAGAUACACUCAACAACAGCAACGAGCUCUUUCUUACCUUCCGCAAGGAGAUGGAGGAGAUGUCAAAGAAGACCAAGCGACUCGAGAAGGAGAAUCUCACCCUGACGCGCAAGCACGACCAGACGAACCGCAACAUUCUAGAAAUGGCCGAAGAGCGAACAAGAGACAAGGACGAGUUAGAAAAGCUGCACAAGAAGGAAACCCAGAUGCGGUCCAUCAUUCAGAGCAUGCGAGAGCAGGGUCGGGGCAUAUCACAUGACGUUCCACCAGAUGUCGAUGAUGAGGCAACCGAAAGUGAUCUCGAGGACGGAUAUGAAGAUGACGAAGAAGAAGACGAGGAAGGCAGCUUCGAAGGGGACGAAGAACUCGCCGCAGAAUUCUCCAAGCCUGUGUUUGGACCCGUGCCACCUCCAACGUUGUCCGAGGCGAGGCCGAAUGGCAGUAAGAUCAACGUCAAUGGCAUCAAGCAUUGA